AUGCCUGUCGUCAAAGGAGGUGUGUGGACCAAUAUUGAGGACGAAAUCCUCAAGGCCUCUGUGUCGAAAUAUGGGUUAAAUCAGUGGGCUCGAGUUUCAUCUCUACUUGCGCGAAAAACUCCCAAACAGUGCAAAGCGAGAUGGACAGAAUGGCUGGAUCCUGGUAUUCGGAAGAUAGAAUGGUCGAAAGAGGAGGAUGAGAAACUACUACAUCUCGCCAAGUUGAUGCCAACACAAUGGAGGACAAUAGCACCUAUCGUCGGCCGCACUGCCACUCAAUGUCUCGAACGAUACCAGAAACUUCUCGAUGAGGCCGAGGCGAGGGAGAGUGAUGAACUUGGUCUUGGUGGCCCCGAAGGAGGAGAGACAGCAGCUCCAACAGGCGACCAAGUCAGAAGACUACGACCGGGAGAAUUAGAUCCAGACCCAGAAUCCAAACCUGCGAGGCCUGACACAAUUGACCUUGACGAAGAUGAGAAAGAGAUGCUUAGCGAGGCUCGUGCACGUCUAGCCAAUACACAAGGAAAGAAAGCCAAAAGAAAAGCUCGCGAACGACAACUGGAAGAGUCCAGGAGACUCGCUGUGCUUCAGAAACGACGAGAGCUCAAGAAUGCAGGCAUCAAUAUUAAAAUUACCACUCGGAAACAGGGUGAGAUGGAUUACAAUGCCGACAUACCCUUUGAGAAGCAAGCUGCGCCCGGUUUUUACGACACGCUAGAUGAGGAGGCGAAGAAUGAGCGAGAGCGAGAAAUGUUCGACCCUCGGAAGCAGCAACUAGCUAGGAAGCGGCAAGGAGACUCGGAGGACAAUGUGGACUCUAAGCGGCAAAAGCAAGACAAGAACAAAUCUUCAGCAGCAAUGGCGGCAGCAGCCCGCGCUGGGCAAAUGCAGCGUAUACGAGAGGCAGAGCAACAGAGCAAGCGUCGGGGUUUGAACCUCCCAGCUCCCCAGGUCAGCGAGAGCGAAUUGGAGGACAUUGUGAAAAUGGGCAUGGCCGGUGACAGGGCUAUUAAGGCUGCUGGUGACGACGACCUGGACGGCCGUGGGCUUGUUUCGAAUUAUUCUAACAUGCUUGGAGCAACACCUAUCCGGACGCCACGGGCUCCUGCACAAGAAGACCAUAUUGCAAAUGAGAUCAGAAAUAUCAGGGCAUUGACAGAGACACAAUCUUCAUUAUUGGGUGGUGAGAACACACCUUUGCACGAGGGUAGUGGUACUACUGGAUUUGACGGGGUUGCUCCGCGCAAGCAGGACAUGGUCACGCCAAACCCCAUGGCAACUCCUUUUCGGCAGGCCGGACCAGGCUCACAAUUGUCUGGGGCUACACCAUCAAGGACGCCUCGCGACAAUUUGACACUCAAUGAGGGAGGCGAGCGUCAACUGGUUGCUCAGACCCCUCGAGAUCUACGACUGGCGGAGAAUGCAAGUCGAUCGGCCCUGAGAGCAAAGCUGGCAUCUCUCCCCAAACCAAAGGAAACGGAAUGGGAAUUGGAAGUCCUGCCUACGGAGCAAGAGGAACUAGCUGAACGAACAAAGAUUGAAAUGGAAGACCAAGCUGACAUCGACCGCCGCGGACGUGAAGCACGUGAAGCAGCCGCAGCGGCUGAGUUUCAACGGCAAACCCAAGUCUACAGGCGUUCUCUGCCACGGCCAAUCAAGGUUGACUAUAACCAACUAGCAGCAAAUGCAGUAUCGAUUUCAGAUCCGAUCCAGGCGAUGAUAGCUUCAGAGGCUGCUCUGCUGAUGGCCAAUGAUGCAUUGAAAUUCCCUCUGCCAGAAUCUCGUGUGACGGGCAAGCCUCCGCAAAUUCAAUCGUUAUCUGAUGAACUUUUGCAAAUGGCCAAGGAGGAGCUGGUAGCAGAGACGAACGAAGCCAGACGUCAGGAAUACACUGAGGCUCUCGACCAGUUGUAUACAGCUGAAAACGAACGCGGCGCUCUACCCCUGAGAUUUGUCGAAAACACAACAUCAGCGGAAUAUGGUAAAGCUUUCCAAGCCGUACAAAAAACUCUACUGGCGUCGGGCGAAGCUGGCAACAAGCUUGAGAAGAAACUAGCCCUUCAUCUUGGCGGGUACCAGGCGCGGCAGAAGACAUUGAAGCAGAAGAUUGCCGCCGUUUAUGAGAAAAUUGGAGAAUGCAGGGCUGAGUUGGAGGGUUAUCGGUCACUACAAAAUGGCGAAGAAGGAGGUCUGCUAAGGCGGCUCGAAGGCCUUAGAGACGAAGUCAAUUUCAUCAGUCGAAGGGAACGACAAGCACAAGAGGACUACCGACUGGCUAGGGAUGAACUCAAAUCGCUUGAGGUUGCGGUCAACGGGGUCAACGGCCAUUCUUGA